CAUGCCGCACAACAACAUUGUCUGUGAAUGGCUGCGCGCCAUUGGACUCAGUCAAUAUGCGGAAAGUUUUAUGGAGAAUGGUUAUGAUGAAUUAGAAAUAUGCAAGCAAAUCGGAGAAAUCGAUUUAGAUGCAAUCGGCGUGGACACUGCACAGCACCGCAGUAAACUACUGAAAAGUGUACGGACGCUAAGGGAGAAAGGUGCGGCAAUUGUUUACGUGAUGAUCAAUGAUCCAAAGGCCUUAAGUAAUAGCAAUGAAAUAUUAAGCUCAGAAUGUGAUACACCCACCACAAUGAAGGAACUACAAGCUGUGAUGAAGCGACAUCUCGAAGCGGAUGGCAUACGUUUAACAGCGCAUCCUUAUUCAACACCGUAUGCUUGCAAUCGAAGUAAAUGCAUUAAGCGAAACCGAGACAUUUACUUACCAAAAUUCAAAUUCGAUGCUAUGAAGGCAACAACCAACAGUAGUAGUUCAGCUCAUACAGCAGCAACAAAUUCAAGUAUUAGCAGCUCUAGUUCCAGCUCAACGCCCAAUACAGCAGUUGCGAAAACAGCAUCAUCCAAAUCGGAAGCCGCAAUAUCCUUUUUAGCAGCAACUGCAACGAAUACCACAGGACAAACGAAAAUAAAGCCCGCUAUUAAAGUGCCAAAAGUGAGUUUCGCACCACUCGACAUUGAGUUACCGCCUAGCGCACCGAUAGCCACGUGA